UUUUGGUAUAUUCAAAUGGCUGGUAUUUUAUCAACCAGCUGCAUUUUGUUGAUACUCCAAAUUUGUAAUCCUGCCUGCAAACAUCUAGAAUUCGGCCAUGCUGGACAUUUCGGAAAUGUGCCGCGUUUGCAGGGACGAAUCCGACUGCCUGGUGGAUAUAUAUACAGAGCCAUGUGCCUCCAUGCGGGAUCAGGAGCAGGAGCCGCCCUUGGCCACAAUGUUGAGGGACUGCAGCGGAUGUAGCGUGGACAGGAAGGACGGAAUGCCCCAGUUCAUCUGCGUGGAGUGUGCGGAGGCCACAAGAAAUGCCUUUCGGCUGCGACGGCAAUGCCGGAAGAGCCAUCAAUACUUUGAUCAGCUGCGGCUGAUGAUGAAGGAACUGGAGGAUCUUGAGUCCUGCCUUACUAUAAAUGAUAACAUAGACCCAGAGAUUCCGGUGUUGGUGAUCGAUGCUGGUGAAACGGCGGAGCCAUGCGAACCGCAAGGCCUGGAACCUCUUUUCGUAGAACUUGUGGAGCUUAAGUGCAAGUCUCCAGAACCGCAGCCACUGACUCCUUCUCUUCCAGACAACAAUGAGCUCACGAAAAGUGAUUCUCCAGUAAAGACGCCGGACGCUAAGCAAAAUAAGAGGGCGAGAUCCUACUCGAAUAGUAAGUCAUGGAGCCCGGAAAGUGAGAAAGUUGCUGAUGCCCAGCAAGAUGAUGAUGAAACCUGGAAGGCCCCAAAACGACGCAAAUCGAAGAAGGCACGCAGACCAUUUCGGUGCCAGCACUGCAAACAGUCGUUCGCCCAAAAUAUAAACCUACGGACCCAUAUGCGAGUACAUACAGGCGAGCGGCCCUACAAGUGCUCCCUAUGCCCGCGAUCCUUUGCCCAAAAGGGCAACCUGCAGAGCCACACACGCUGCCACACCGGCGAGCGACCCUUUGGAUGUUCGAACUGUCCCAAACGCUUCCGGCAAUUCGGCCAACUACAAGUCCACACCCGGACUCACACCGGCGAACAUCCGUACCAAUGUUCCAUUUGUCAGUAUAGCUUCAAGCAACAAAACGGACUUCAGAAACAUAUGAUAGUACACACCGGAGAGAAGACCCGGAGCUGCAGCCAAGAAAAAAAAAAAUGAGGUUUAAAUAGUUACGAAUUUUAAUUUUAUGAGAUAAUCGAUUUGUUAAUGCAACUUGUAUAUUCUUUUGUUAUUUAAGGUAGGCCAGUAAGAAAUAAACAAUGAGGUUUUACUAUUGUAUAAAAACGUUAGAUGCUAAUAAGUCGCCCAUCUGCAUUUCGAAAUGCU